AUGGGGCUGCGCGCGGGAGGAGCGCUGGGCAGGGCCGGGGCCGGGGCCGGGGCCGGGGUCCGCCGGGGGGCGCCUGGGGGGCCCGGGCCGAGCGGCGGCGCGCCGGGCGGCAGCAUCCACUCGGGCUGCAUCGCCGCGGUGCACAACGUGCCGCUGAGCGUGCUCAUCCGGCCACUGCCGUCCGUGCUGGACCCGGCCAAGGUGCAGAGCCUCGUGGACACGAUCCGGGAGGAUCCAGACAGCGUUCCCCCUAUUGACGUCCUCUGGAUCAAAGGGGCCCAGGGUGGUGACUACUUCUACUCCUUUGGGGGCUGCCACCGCUAUGCAGCGUACCAACAGCUGCAGCGAGAGACCAUCCCUGCCAAGCUUGUCCGGUCCACCCUCUCGGACCUAAGGGUGUACCUGGGCGCUUCCACACCAGACUUACAAUAGCAGCCUCCUCGGCACCAUGAGCCCAGAAGACACACCUGGUUUCCAGUGGGCUGGACCAUGCAGAAAGCAAUCAGGGGUGCAUUCUCCUGUGUCUAGGCAGAGGUCUGACUCUGAGCACCUGUUCCACUAGCUGCAAGACCUUGGACUCAUUACUAAACGAUGUGGGAGCAACAGAUCCCACUGCUGCAGAAAGGGGUCAUGUCUUUGCUCUUGAGAUACUCUUGAGAGAAUAAAAUGGAAAAGGAAGUGGCUUUGGAGAGCCACAUCCUCCUGGCUCCAGAUUCUCAAGGAUGAGCCUCCUACAUUUUUGUCUGUGUAUUUCCCAUUCGGCUGCAAGUAAAGGAAAGCCUAGGCUACAGUGGCUUAAACAAAGCGAAGUUUGUCCACAUAGUGAAUUCUGGAGACAAGCGGUAUUGGUUCAGUACCCCAGCGAAGGUGGGGGCUCACAUCCCUGAUUCCUUUUGGCCUUUCCCUCAUUGCUUGUUACGUAAUGGCCAAAGAUGGCUGCUGUACCUCCAGGAAUCGUGGUUGCAUUCCAGGAAAAAAGCUGUUGGGGAGGAGGAAGGACCAAGCCAGCUGUCAACUUCUUUCAUUAAGUCAGAACUUUUUCAGAGACCUGUUUCCUGUUCUAUCCCCCUGCAUAGUUCCACUUAGGUCUCAUUGGCCCAAACCAGCUACUGUUGCCACUUCUGGCUGCAAAGAAAACUAAGAUGCCAGGAACGGAAUUAGUAGACCAUUCAUAUCCCAUUUCCUAGGACUGGCAUACCGCUUCCUGAAAUAAAAUUGGAAUCCCAUUACCAAGAGAGAAGUAAGGAAUAGUGUAUUAGUCUUUUUUUUUUUUUUAAGAUUUUAUUUAUUUACUCAUGAGAGAGGCAGAGAGAUAGGCAGAGGGAGAAGCAGGCUCCCCAUGGGGAGCCCAAUGUGGGACUUGAUCCCAGAACCCCAGGAUCACAACCUGAACCGAAGGCAGACACUUGACCACUGAGCCACCCAGGUGCCUCUGUGUCUCAGUCUUUGCUGUGUAACAGACUGCCCUAGAAGUUGACUGCUUAAAAGCAUGUCAUUUAUUUGCCUAUAGUUCUGUGGGUGUACAAUUUGGCCUGGGCACAUUGGGACCGUUUUGGUUUCACCUAGGAUCAUUCCCGGGGCUGCAUGCAGUCAGCUGUUGCCUUAGAGAGGGUGGAUGGCCUAAGAUAGCCCUACUCCCUUGUCUGGCAUUUUGGCAGGCUGUUGGCUGGGUGACUUGGUCCUCGUCCAUGUGGUCUCCCCAGCAGGUUACCUCAGGCUUAUUUCCUUGGCUUCAGAAGGUCAUGAGAGUCAAAGUAGAAGCUGGAAGUCUUGAAUCCAAGGCCCAGAAUUGGUACAGCAUCACUUUGGCAAAGUUCUUUUGGUCAGAGCAAAUCAUACAGUUGGCCUGAAUUCCAGGGGUGGCAAAACAGACUUCACCUCUUACUGGGAGACACUCCAAAGAAUUGAUGGCAUUUUUUAUCAGUCACAAAUGGUUGUGUGUAAGCAAAUAACUUGCACUCUUUUUGGACCAGGCCUUGAUCUGACUGAGCUGAAGUCACUAAGACAUUGUCCUGACCCUUAAAUCUAGAAGAAGAGGUGAUGGGGUGGGGUGGAUCUCUCCAGGGCUGGGCCUGCUCUACUAGAGACAUCUAUCAUGGUCUACACAGGCGGGAUGGGGGUAGGCCAGAUGGGACAUUCCAAAGGGACUUCUGGAAACAAGAGUCCUAGGUGAGGGGAAGAGGGACAGGAAGGGUACAGAGUGAGGCAGGCCUUGCUCUCACUGUCCUGCUAAGGGAACUCAGUCCCUGGGUGUUUUCAAGCCUCGGUUUUCCCAGCUCAGUAACCAAAACAACAGCUUUCCCACCCAUUCUCUGUCCCAGGGGAAGAUGACUGAGAUGACCAAUUUAACUUUAAAAUGAAUGUAGUCCUAAAUGCAGUGUAAUAUCCUAGAACCAAAAAAAAAAAAAAGACAUUGGUAGAAAAACUGGAGAUCUGAAUAAGAUCUGGAUUUUACAAUAAACAAUUAACAGUAA